AACUCUUUAUCUGCUCUCUGCUUUCUUCUUCCCCAAUUUUGAAGCUUCCAUUGAAUAAUAAUAAAAUGGAAGUGAUAAUAGUAUCAUCUAACGCAAAAACACCGUUUCACCCGCAUACAAAUCAACCAGCCAUUCUCAAUAACUCUGUAUUUUUGGGCCGUCGAGAGCUCUGCUUCGAUAGCAUUUCCUCUGUCUGCUCUGCUGAUCCCAUUACUUCUACUCCAUCUACCUCUGCUUUCACUCCCAGGAUUGGUGGAGAUAAUGGCAAUUCUUUGAUUGAGCAACUACGGAAAAGCUUCUCUUUUGCCACACGGAGGAUGUUGUUAACAAGCUUUUUCAUGUAUUCACUUUAUCAUCCUUCAAGGUACCUGUCAGCACUUGCUUUGGGGGAUCCGUCUGUCACAGUUGAACAAGUUACACCUACUACUUUUCCUUCUGCAGCACUUUUCCCUUCCGAGGAAAGAGUUGUUGAGCUCUUUGAGAAGAACACUUACUGUGUUGUCAACAUAUUUGAUGUAACCUUGAGACCGACGCUUAAUGUUACUGGUAUGGUUGAGAUUCCUGAAGGAAAUGGUUCGGGGGUUAUUUGGGACAAAGAAGGCCACAUUAUUACUAAUUAUCAUGUGAUUGGUAGCUCCCUUUCUAGAAACCCAAGCCGUGGGCAAGUAGUUGCACGCGUUAAUAUUCUCGCUGCAGAUGGGGUGCAAAAGAAUUUUGAGGGUAUAUUAAUUGGUGCAGACCGUGCCAAGGAUCUUGCUGUGUUGAAGGUGGAAGCUUCUGAAGACUUGUUGAGGCCAAUAAGGGUUGGUGAAUCUUCUUCUUUGAGAGUUGGCCAGCAAUGUUUAGCCAUUGGAAAUCCUUUUGGGUUUGAUCAUACACUCACUGUUGGGGUUAUCAGUGGACUGAAUCGAGAUAUAUAUAGUCAAACUGGAGUGACCAUUGGUGGAGGAAUUCAAACAGAUGCAGCCAUCAACCCUGGCAACAGCGGAGGUCCUUUGUUAGAUUCAAAAGGAAACUUGAUUGGGAUCAACACUGCAAUAUUUACUCAGACAGGGACAUCAGCAGGUGUUGGAUUUGCAAUCCCUUCUUCAACUGUGUUGAGAGUUGUGCCCCAGUUGAUUCAAUCUGGAAAAGUUCUUCGUGCUGGUUUGAAUAUUGAAAUCGCUCCAGACCUGAUUGCCAACCAACUUAAUGUUCGAAAUGGAGCACUGGUUUUGCUGGUACCUGGAAAUAGUCCUGCAGCAAAAGCGGGACUUCUUCCUACUACCAGGGGUUUUGCAGGAAAUAUAGUGCUUGGCGAUAUUAUUGAAGCAGUGGAUGACAAACCUGUUAGGAGUAAAGCAGAUUUGUAUAAAGCCCUGGAUAACUAUAACAUAGGUGAUGAAGUUCGGUUAAAAAUCCGUAGGGGCAACGAUAACUUGGAGUUGAGCAUAGCAUUAGAGGAAAAAGAUUCAUGACAAUUGAAGAGUUUUUGACAGCAAUCUGUAUCGAAAAGCGGAAAUGUGCGAGCAAUGAGCAUGUUACAUGGAUAUGCUGCCAGCAGAAUGUAUCACUUGUAAAGUAUUUAAGUCACCAUUGAAGGAGGACAAAAUGAGUAAUCCUUGAAAUUCUUUUGCAUCAAUUUAUAAUAAGGUUCUUAUUUCUUC